AUGGUCGAGGUACCCAAACCACAGCGCAUACAAUUUGCUAAUCAAUUUAUUUCACCGAACAAUUGUUCUUCUGUUAUGGAUAACAAAUUUUUUGACCUCCAUACCAUUACUACUAGAGCACAAGCUAAACGCCUUGUUCAACCCGAUUCACCUUCAGCAAAUGUUUCAACAACACCUACCAUAAUUCAAGAUGUAUCUACUCCCUCAUCAUCAAGUAAGCCGAUCUAUGAUUUCAGUUUACCACGCAUUCGAAUUGAACAAGAAAACGACUCGGUUAUUCAAACGAUAAUUUAUCAAAUUCGUCACAAUAAGACUCAUGGAUCAUUUACUCUCGAGGAUAAUAUUCUUUAUAAAAGCAUUGGUGCUAGUCACAACACUAUUCGACUUAUUUAUAUGCCGAUGAAGUUAAUUCCAGAAUUACUAGCAGCUUACCAUGAUCAUCCGUUAAGUAGUCAUUUUGGUGUUACACGUACAUGGUAUGCGUUAAAAAGUAAAUAUUAUUGGCCUCGUAUGAAACAAACGAUUAUAUCUUAUAUUAGAUCAUGCGACAAAUGUUCACAAUUUAAUAUCAGUCGUCAUAAACCUCCAGGCCACUUACAACCCAUACAACCGCCUCAUGAAAUUUUUCAAGUACUAGGUAUGGAUUGGUGGGGACCUACAACAACUUCUCUUGCUGGAAACCGUUAUGUCUUAGUUAUUACAGAUCGAUUAUCCGGUUAUAUCUUUGCUAAAGCCUCGCCAACAAAUACGGCUCAAGACACAGCUCGUAUUUUGAUGAAAGAUAUUAUUUUAGUUCAUGGUCCACCUGAUGUACUUAUUACUGAUCAAGGAACACAUUUUAAUAAUGAAUUAGUACAUUCUCUAACUACGCUAAUUGGUUGUAAACAUAUUUUUUCAACACCAUACCACCCACAAACUAAUGGGCAAACGGAACGCUGA